AUGGGGACUUAUUCUAGUGCCACCAAAUUCUGCCUUCUAGGCUUCCGUGGGUCCCAAAAACUACACCAUAUCCUUUUUACUAUAUUCUUUUUCUUCUAUUCAGUGACAGUAAUGGGAAACUCAGUCAUCAUCAAUUGUGCUGAUAAGCGUCUUCAGUCCCCCAUGUAUUUCUUCCUUGGCCACCUCUCUCUCCUGGAGACCCUGACCACAAACAUUGGUCCAGUGAUGCUUUGGGGGCUGCUGCUCCCUGGAGUGCGGACUAUAUCACUGACUGUCUGUGUUGCUCAGUUCUUCUUGUUCCUUGCUGCGGGAACCACAGAGUUUGCACUACUGGGAGCUAUGGCUGUAGACUGUUACUUGGCUGUCUGUAACCCUGUGAGGUACAACAUCAUCAUGAGCAGCCACACCUGCAACUGGAUAGUGAUUGUGUCUUGGAUGUUUGAGUUCCUUUCUGAAAUCUGGCCUGUCUUCGCCACAUUUCAGUUUACCUUCUGCAAAUCCAACGGGUUAGACCAUUUUUUCUGCAACAGAGGGCAGUUGCUCAAACUAUCCUGGGAUGACACUCUGUUCACAGAGUUCAUCCUCUUCUUAAUGGCUGUUUUCAUUAUCGUUGGCUCUUUGAUCCCUACAAUUGUCUCCUACACCUGUAUUAUCUCCACCAUCCUCAAGAUCCCCUCAGCCUCUGGCCAGAGGAAAGCCUUCUCCACUUGUGCCUCCCACUUCACCUUUGUCAUCAUUGGCUAUAGUACCUGCAUCUUCCUCUAUGUGAAACCAAAGCAAACACAGGCAGCUGAGUACAGCAAGAUUGUUUUCCUGCUGAUCUCUUUGGUGACCCCUUUCCUGAACCCUUUCAUCUUUACCCUCCGGAAUGACAAAGUCAAAGUGGCCUUUGGAGAUGGGGUGAAACACUGCUGUCAACUCCUCAAAGACUAG